GUGGCCAGUGUUGUUUGUGGUUUUCUGCACAUAAACAGAAGCAUUGAAAAAAUAGACACAGGGUGUAAUGCAAGACUUUCAAAACUCCGGCACUGCCAUAUCCCCACAAUGUGAUUAGAAGAAACGUUCAGCAUGGAUUUUGCCAAGAUUGUCCCUACUCAGCAACAAGAAGUGAACUCCACUCCACCCUGUCCCUCUCGACACUGGCUUUAUGUUAGGUGCAGCUGCAGACUCUGGUUACACCCUCUCCACCCUCUCAAUGUCCCGCUGCACGAUGGAGCAGACAGCUGUGAGAAUCUGAUAAUAUUCCUUGUGCACAUUCCUCAGUCAUUCACUUUGGUCUUAAAAGGGUAAGCAGCUUCUUCACUGAGACAUCUAGCACAGAAGUUCGCAGUCAUGUCCAUGCGGAGGCUCAGGAGAAACCCUAAAACACUGGGGGACAUCAACAUGGUGACAGAGGAGCUGAAGAAUCUUUAUUAUAAGAGGCUGCUGCCGAUAGAGAAACACUACUCUUUCCAUCACUUUCACAGCCCAAGCUUCGAGGAUGCAGACUUUGACAACAAACCAAUGGUGCUGGUGAUGGGCCAGUACUCAACAGGAAAGACAACUUUUAUCAGGUAUCUCAUAGAACAAGAUUUUCCUGGCAGCAGGGUUGGGCCAGAGCCAACCACUGACUGCUUCAGUGCCCUCAUGUAUGGAGAAACAGAAGGAAUCAUCCCUGGCAAUGCCCUCACAGUGGAUCCAAAAAAGCCCUUUCGCAACCUUGACCCCUUUGGAAAUUCUUUUCUGAACAGGUUUCAGUGUGUUCAGAUGCAAAACAAAGUUCUUGAAAAUAUCAGCAUCAUUGACACACCGGGAAUCUUAACUGCUGCCAAAAGAAAACUGAGUCGAGGCUAUGACUUCCCAGCAGUGUUGCGCUGGUUUGCAGAACGUGUGGAUAGAAUCAUCCUGCUGUUCGAUUCACAUAAACUGGAGUUCUCCGAUGAGCUCACUCGAGCUUUUGGGGCUCUGAGUGGCUAUGAGGACAAGUUGCGUGUAGUUCUCAACAAGGCUGACAGGGUGGACUCACAGCAGCUCAUGAGAGUGUAUGGCGCCCUCAUGUGGUCACUGGGGAAAGUGUUUAAAACCCCAGAGAUCCUGCGGGUUUUCAUUGUGUCUCUCUGGUCAGAGCCGAGGCAGGUGUGUGACCACUAUCAGCUGAUAGAGCUGGAGGAGGAGGAUCUUCUGGCCGACAUAAGGAACCUGCCGCGCUAUGCUGCAGUGCGCAAACUGAAUGACCUGGUGAAGAGGGCACGCUUAGUGAGGGCUCACGCACACAUUAUCAGCUACCUUAAGCAGGAGAUGCCAACCAUCUUUUGCAAAGAAAGCAAGAAGCACAAUCUGAUUUACCAGCUCCCUGUGAUUUUCAGCAAGAUCCAACAACAGCAUCGAGUCCCAGCUGGCGACUUCCCUGACUGCACCAAGAUGCAGGAGAAACUUCUGGGUCAGGAUUUCUCAAAGUUCAAGACACUAAAACCAAGUCUAAUGGCUUCCUUGGAUAAACUCCUGGCUACAGACAUAGCAAACCUGGUGCCUUUACUGCAACAACACGAAGUGAGGAAGAAAUCCCUGCCCGGUGUAUUGGAUGGCGAAUUUCUGGGAACAUUCAGGCCAGAGCAUUACAAGAAGGAUCCUUUCAAAGAACUCUCCAGAGAUGACGAGAGCAGUGAUGCAGAUUUUGAUGAGUGGGUCGUGGAGAAGUACAAGCCAAAGUACGAUGAGAUUUUCUACAACCUCAGUCCAAAUGAAGGCAAACUGAGCGGAACCAAAGUCAAAGAGUGGAUGACGACCACGCUUCUGCCUAACUCUGUGCUAGCUCAAAUCUGGAGGCUGUCGGAUGUGGAUGGUGAUGGCAUGCUGGACAAUGAGGAGUUUGCUUUAGCAGUCCACCUUAUUGAGGGAAAACUGGAGGGACACUGGCUUCCCAGAGAGCUGCCUUCUCACCUUGUGCCGCCGUCAAAACGGCUAAAAACAGGCAGCAAGGAAGAGUGAACAUGACAGUGAAGGGAAAUGUCAUUUCAAUCAUUUUCUAAAUAUGACUUAAUCUGAAAAUAGCAGUUUUAAUAUUAAAAAAACAAACCUAAGAGGUCAUUGUGAUCACAAAGCUCAGUAGGAGGUGUUGCCCUACUCUUCGUAUUUUAAUCAUCAUGACACAAAAACAAAAAACGAUGUUUGGCUACAUUUUUCAAAUCAUUUGAACUCAGUUCACUUCUGCAUUUUGCAUGAAAACCAUGCAGCAGUAAUUAUAAUACUGUAAUAAUGGAAUUUUCCUUCAGGUUAUGUUUGUUACCCAUAAAUUGUAUAAUCAGAAUGUUUUUUCUCAUUGAUAGCAUUUAACAUAUAAAGAUGAUAUGCCAGUA